AUGCCGGUGUACCAACAUUAUUGCGUGAUCUCCGGCCGCCUCGGGGCCCGUGUGCUACUCACGGUUCCGUGUGUCAGCGCCGAAAGCCCCCCGAAGUGUCCGCUCUGCAGCCCCGGGCCGGUGUCUCACCAGGUCCUUUCUGUUACCAACAACACAGAAUGUGCGAAGCUACUGGAGGAAAUCAAGUGUGCACACUGCUCACCUCAUGCUCAGAACUUAUUCCACUCACCUGAGAAAGGGGAAACUCCUGAAAAAGAACUAAUGCUUCCCUACCUGUGCAAAGACUAUUGUAAAGAAUUCUAUUACACCUGCAGAGGUCACAUACCAGGUUUCCUCCAAACUACAGCUGAUGAGUUCUGCUAUUACUAUGCAAGAAAAGAUGGUGGUGUGUGCUUUCCAGAUUUUCCAAGAAAACAAGUGCGAGGGCCAGCCUCUAACUCCCUGGACCACAUGGAAGAAUACGACAAAGAGGAAGAGAUCAGCAGAAAACACAAGCACAACUGCUUCUGUAUUCAGGAGGUUGUGAGUGGACUAAGGCAGCCUGUUGGAGCAGUACAUUGUGGGGAUGGAUCCCAUCGCCUCUUUAUUCUGGAGAAAGAAGGAUACGUGAAGAUUUUCACUCCCGAAGGAGAUAUACUCAAGGAACCUUUUUUGGAUAUACACAAGCUUGUUCAAAGUGGAAUAAAGGGAGGAGAUGAAAGAGGACUGUUAAGCCUUGCAUUCCACCCCAAUUACAAGAAAAAUGGAAAGCUGUAUGUGUCUUAUACCACCAACCAAGAACGGUGGGCUAUUGGACCUCAUGACCACAUCCUUAGGGUCGUAGAAUACACAGUAUCCAGGAAAAAUCCACACCAAGUUGACAUGAGGACAGCAAGAGUGUUUUUAGAAGUAGCAGAACUACAUCGAAAACAUCUAGGAGGACAGCUGCUGUUUGGCCCAGAUGGUUUCCUAUACAUUUUCCUUGGAGAUGGCAUGAUCACUCUAGAUGACAUGGAGGAAAUGGAUGGUUUAAGUGAUUUCACAGGUUCUGUAUUGCGCCUUGAUGUCAAUACUGACCUGUGCACUGUCCCUUAUUCCAUCCCACGGAGCAACCCACACUUCAACAGCACAAACCAACCUCCUGAGAUUUUUGCACAUGGACUCCACAAUCCAGGCCGGUGUGCUGUGGACCGGCACCCAACAGAUGUAAACAUCAAUUUAACCAUACUUUGUUCAGAUUCAAAUGGAAAGAACAGAUCCUCAGCAAGGAUCUUACAAAUAAUAAAGGGCAAAGACUAUGAGAGUGAGCCCUCCCUUCUAGAAUUCAAACCAUUUAGCAGUGGGUCCCUGGUUGGUGGAUUUGUGUAUCGAGGCUGCCAGUCGGAAAGGCUCUAUGGAAGUUACGUGUUUGGAGACCGCAAUGGGAAUUUUUUAACACUGCAACAGAGUCCUGCAACCAAACAGUGGCAAGAGAAACCCCUCUGUCUUGGCAACACUGGCUCAUGUAGAGGUUUCUUUUCAGGCCCUGUCUUGGGAUUUGGAGAAGAUGAAUUAGGUGAGAUUUACAUAUUAUCAAGCAGUAAAAGUAUGACACAGCCUCACAGUGGAAAACUCUACAAGAUUGUUGACCCAAAAAGGCCUUUAGUCCCUGAAGAAUGCAAAAGAACAGCUCAGCCUGCACAGAUACUGACAUCUGAAUGCUCAAGGCAUUGUCGGAACGGGCACUGCACUCCCACAGGAAAAUGCUGCUGUAAUCAAGGCUGGGAAGGAGAGUUCUGCAGAACUGCAAAAUGUGACCCAGCCUGUCGACAUGGAGGUGUCUGUGUAAGGCCCAAUAAAUGCUUAUGUAAAAAAGGCUAUCUCGGCCCCCAGUGUGAACAAGUGGAUAGAAACAUCCGAAGAGUGACGAGGGCAGGUAUUCUUGAUCAGAUCCUAGACAUGACAUCCUAUUUGCUGGAUCUAACCAGCUACAUUGUAUAGUUUCUGGGACUAUUUGGAAACUCCACUUUCAACGGGCAUUUGUUUUGAAUCCUGUCAUUUUUGAAAGACUGUUAUCCUGCAACAAACACCGGUGAUUUGAUUUACUUUAUUAAUUUAAGUGUAAUAUCCACCAAUGUGCAGAAAAAUCCCUUGUAUGUGUGUAAAUAUUCCUGCACGUCUCCACAGACGUCCCGAUAUCCAAUAUGUGCACACAUACACACGCAGCCGCUAUCACGAGUACGGUUUUGCAGAGAGUGGAAUCUUUUUUUAGUAUUUAUUUCUUCAUGAGAAAUAGUUUACGAAGCAAUUCCACUGUAAAACACAUUUUCGUCAAAGGACUUUCCUGAUGUCUUAAUGGAUUCUUUGACAUCCCAGAAGUCUCUUUCCUGUACCUAUCUGAUUAUAGCAGUGAGAAAGCAGUUUCCAAACAUCGCUGUAUAAACUGCUGGACUUAAUAAAAUCCAGUUGUAGCAGUUUCUAAAGUGAACUGAACUCCAUCAUGAGACAAUAUUUCAGAACUGCUUAAUGCAUUCCUAUCUAGGCAAUUCAUUGUAAGACUGUAACCUUCACUUUCAUCAAUGUAACUCUAUUACAGAAUGUUAUUUCUUUAUCUAGCAUAGAUGCAAAAAUCUGG